AUGGCGUCCAACGGCAAUGCGGAGAAUGUCCAGCCAGCUGCUGGCGAGAAGAGACCUACCGUCUGCGUCUUCUGCGGUGCCUCCCCAGGAACCUCCCCCGCCCACCUCGAAGCCGCCCGCGCCCUCGCCCGCGCCUUCCACACCCACGGCAUCAACCUCGUCUACGGCGGCGGCACCGUCGGCGUCAUGGGCGAGCUCGCCAAAACCCUCGUCUCCCUCUCCGGCCCCAGCGCCGUGCACGGCGUGAUCCCCGAAGCGCUCCUCGUCUACGAGCGCAACGGCCGCGAAAAGGGCAGCAAAGUCACCAUCGACAUCGACGAGAACGUCUACGGCCGCACGACCGUCGUCAAGGACAUGCACUCGCGGAAGCAGCUCAUGGCGCGGGAGGUGAUCGAUAGCGGACCCGGCGGUGGGUUUGUGGCGUUGAGUGGUGGGUAUGGGACGAUGGAGGAGUUGAUGGAGGUGGUUACGUGGAAUCAGCUGGGGAUUCAUGCGAGGGGCGUGGUGGUGUUCAAUGUGGAGGGGUAUUAUGAUGGGUUGUUGAAUUGGGUGAAGACGGCGGUGAGUUCGGGGUUCGUGUCGGAGAAUAAUGCGCGGAUUAUGGUCGAGGCGAAGACCGGAGAGGAGGUGGUCGAGCAGUUGAAGGGGUAUCAGAAUGCGGAGGGGAGGUUCAAGUUGCAGUGGGGGGAGAAGUGA